AUGUAUUACGUCCACGGUCCUACUCUGGAAAUGAUGAUGCAUACAAUGGACUCCGUACUAGUGACUUGUAUUUCACCUGAUUGUUCGAGAAAUGGUGUCUGCAAGCUAGGCGUCUGCCGCUGUUUCACUGGCUGGCGGGGUAAUGCAUGUGAUCUACCCGUCACUGGAGCUCUCGAACAAAACAAGCGAUCACCCAACGACGGACAGCAUUCAUUAAAUCUUAGCAGCACGAAAGACGUUACUGAAGCCGAAACUGAUAAGGAAGACACAGAUUCGAUUUUGAUAUCAGAAUCAGUAAUACAACAAGCCAAAGCUGCUGCGCUGAUGUCAAAUGAUUUUGCGGAUGCUUCUUCGGACCAGAAACCCAGCGAAAACCAUUUGGAGCCUCUACAAUUUUCGCCAACUGAGUUUAAAACCACAUACUUAUCUGAUACUAGCGAAUUAAAGGCCUGUCGUCAAUUGAACUGUAUCCAUGGUCAAUGUCAACGAAGUCUACAGAAUCCAGAACAACCGCUGCAAAUUGGUAAAUCAGUGCAAUGUAACUGUCUUGCUGGGUGGACGGGUAAGCAAUGUGACAUGCGAACCUGCGAUCUACGAUGUUAUCAGCAUGGAAGUUGUCAGGAUGGCGUUUGUAUUUGCAAAACUGGAUGGAUUUCAUUCUGGAUUUUGUUAAUUCAUCCAAAUUUACUUGCUGGUGACUAG